AUGUCUUCCGGUCCAGCCCAAGCUAAACCCAAGAAUCUGCAAGGCAAAGUCGCCCUCGUCACUGGCAGCAGCCGGGGCUUGGGCAGGGAGAUUGCGCUCGAGUUAGCAUCGAGAGGUGCAUCGGUCGUGAUCAACUACGCCAAGAGCGCCGGACCCGCCCAGGAUGUGGUCAGGCAAGCAGAGUCCUUCGGCGUGAAGGCUGUAGCAGUGCAGGCGGACGUCUCCAGCCCUCGAGAUAUCGAGAAUCUGUUCGACAAAGCAGUCGAAGCCAUGGGGAAGAUAGACAUCGUGAUGUCCAACUCUGGUAUCGAGGCUUUCUACAAAGUCGAGGACGUGACUCCGGCAGACUUCGACCGCGUGUUUAACAUCAACACCCGCGGUCAAUUCUUCGUCGCCCAACAGGCGUGGAAGCAUGUCACAGAGGGCGGGAGACUGAUUCUAAUGUCGAGCAUUUCAGCCCAAGCAAAGGGCGUACGCAACCACGCUCUGUACGCAGGCAGUAAAGCCGCUGUAGAGGCAUUCGCGCGCUGCCUUGCACUCGACUUCGGCCCGAAGCGCAUCACAGUGAACGCCCUCGCCCCAGGCGGGGUCAAGUCCGAUAUGUACCGCGAGUCCGCACCGAAGUACAUUCCCGGCGCGGAGAACUGGUCAGAGGAGCAGGUCGACGCUGCUCUAGCCAAGCUGACUCCCUUGAACCGGGUCGCUGUUCCGGCAGAUAUAGCGAAAGUCGUCGCGUUCCUGGCGAGUGACGACGGAGGGUGGGUGAACGGUCAAACCCUCACGCUGUCCGGAGGGGCAGCUAUGUGA